AAACUCUACCCAUUAGUAGACCAAAAUCUUAAAUUGGAUGCCCUGUUAAAAGUUCAUCAGCCACCUAAAUUUAACCCUAAAGGAGAGUGGUGGGUCCCAAAUCCACCUUCAGGCGAAGCCUCCUAAAACCCCUAAACACAACCAAAUAACGAAAUCCGCCGCCUCCUCCCUUUAUAACCACUUCCCCUUCGCUUCCCCUGUCUUCCUCUUCCGGCAUUCCGUCGCCAGCCACCAUCUUCUUCUUCCCCAAGAACUUGCCUUUCCCCAUCCAACGAGGAGAAGGGGAAGAAAGGAACCAACCCCAAAAGGGGGAUUCUUCUUUUUUUUAACUGGGUCGCGGGCUGUUAGUUUCUUUGUUUCCUUCGUUUGGAUUUGUGGGGGCGAUUUCGAUCGGAUCAAGAUGCAGCCGCAAUCCAACGGCGGAGCUGAUCCGAACCCAUCUGCCACUCCGCCGCCGGCGACGAGUAACAGCAGCAGCAGCAAUCACCAGGGGGCGCAGCCGUAUCAGCCGCAGCAGCAGCAGUGGGUUCCGCCGCAGCAGCAACAGCAAUGGAUGAUGCAGUACCCGGCGGCGGCCAUGGCGAUGAUGCAGCAGCAGAUGAUGAUGAUGUACCCGCCGCAGCACCACCCGCAUCACCAGGCUUACAUGGCUUACUAUCAGAAGCAGCAGCAGUACCAGAAACAACAGCAGCAGCAGCAGCAACCGCCGAUGUACCAGAAGCAGCAGCAGUAUAAUAAUAAGCAGCAGCAGAAUCAGAUCCAGGCGCCGGAGGACGCCAAGACUGUCUGGGUCGGCGACUUGCUUGUUUGGAUGGACGAGAUUUAUCUUCAAAAUUGUUUUUCUCCCACCGGCGAGGUUGCAUCUGUUAAGGUUAUAAGGAAUAAGCAAACCCAUCAAUCAGAAGGGUAUGGUUUUGUUGAGUUCUAUUCACAUGCGGCGGCGGAGAAAGUCCUGCAGAACUACAAUGGAUUCACGAUGCCAAAUUCAGAGCAGCCGUUCCGUCUGAACUGGGCAAGCUUUGCUGGUGAAAGACGAGCUGAACCGAAUUCUGACCUGUCUAUAUUUGUUGGAGAUUUGGCUGCAGAUGUCACUGAUUCUAUGUUGCAGGAGACCUUUUCUGGCAAAUAUCCCUCUGUUAAGGGAGCCAAAGUAGUUAUUGAUUCCAAUACUGGCAGGUCGAAAGGUUAUGGUUUUGUUAGGUUUGGUGAUGAAAGUGAGAGGUCUAGAGCUAUGGUGGAGAUGAAUGGUGUUUACUGCUCAUCUAGGCCCAUGAGAAUAGGUGUCGCCACUCCCAAAAAGUCUUCCCCGUAUCAACAACAAUAUUCUUCUCAAGCUUUGGUUUUGGCUGGUGGUGGUGGGCAUGCAUCAAACGGCAAUUUAGCCCAAGGUUCCAAUGCUGAUGGCGGCGAGAACAACACAACUAUAUUCGUAGGAGGAAUUGACUCUGAUGUUAGCGAGGAGGAUCUCAGGCAGCCAUUUAGUCAGUUUGGUGAUGUUGUGUCCGUCAAAAUACCCGUUGGGAAAGGCUGUGGCUUUGUCCAGUUUGCGAACAGAAAAGAUGCUGAGGAAGCACUUCAGGGUUUGAAUGAUGCUGUGAUUGGCAAGCAGUCUGUUCGUCUUUCAUGGGGCCGUAGUCCUGCAAACAAGCAGUGGAGAGGGGAUCAUGGUAAUCACUGGAAUGGUGGAGGCAGUGGUGGAGGGUAUUAUGGAGGGCAAGGCUAUGGUGGUGGCGGUGGUGGUGGGUAUGGAUACAACACUGCACAACCCAAUCAGGACGGAGGGAUGUAUGCUGCAGCUGCUGCCUCUGGGGCUUCAUAGCACCGCACUAGGGUCCCUCUCUUCCGGUGAUCUCAUCAGAAGAGCGAGUCCAUUACCCGAGAGCUCUGCAAAAGGAGGUGAAGCGAAACGAUACCAUGGUCGUGAACAACGACUUGACCAAGAGAGAAUAGAAUACUGCUGUUGCCGCCGCUGCUGCUGGCCAUUGGCUGCUGCUGCUGUAGUCUGUGUACUAUUGGGAGAAGUUUUGUAGCUUGAUAUUGUUUUCAUACUUUGGUCUGGAGUCUUGUCUCGAGUCUAGUACUACUAUGUUAGGUGGGUUGUAUUGGUAGUGUUCUUUUAACUGUGGAUUUUGGCUUGUUUGGAUGUCUGCUUGGAGAAACUAGCUACCAGGAUUUUUUAAAUUUUGCAGGAUCAAAUUUAGAACUUAAAUCUUCCCCUCUCAGAAUGAGAAUGGACUAGUUUUAGGGCUUGUUCUGUGUGUUGUCUGCUGCAAUAGAGGUUAAGCUCUAAAAGCUAUGAGCAUCACAUCUGUAUUCUGGGUUCUUUUUGGUUUGGGCUUAUUUGGAGUCCAGGUUGCUUUGGGCCUAACGAAGGGAACUUAGAAUUUGGUUUUCACCUCUUUUUUUUGUAAGGGUAUCUUUGAUGGGCCAUCCUACUAUGCACUAAAGUCUGAAGUAUGAGUGUUUUGAGGUACAAAUUGAACUUGCACUUCGGUCUUUGUUAUGGUAUAGUUUAGUUUGCAU